AUGAAACGUAAACAGCAAGACACAAGCUCAAGUAAGUUAGAUUCGCUCCCACAUGACCUAAAGCUGGAUAUACUGAACAGAUUGCCUGCCAAGUCUCUUUCGAAUUUCCGAUGCGUGUCGAAGAUGUGGUCUUCCAUUAUCCGGAGCCCAGAAUUCGUCCGUUCCUUCUUCUCUCUCUCCUCAACGCGACCGCGCCUUAUAGUUGCUUUGGGUAACGGGAUAUACAACCGCAGCACUGAGGAGCAGCUUGUAUUUUUCUUCUCGUUUUCACCAGAAGACUGA